CGUGACAUUUAGAACGGAGUAAGUUAGACUAAAUAGUGAAGACCUGUUCAUUAUGCUUAAAUACAUAGCUGUUGUUUUCUUUGGAUCUGUGGUGUGUCAGGGGGCUAACAUCGAUAGGAAUCGACGGACGGGAACGGCGGUACAUUGGUGCUGUUCCGUCGAUGUUGCACCGAUAAGAAAAAAUGUGACCACAACAAGUGUAGAGCCGAAAAACGUUACCAAAAUAAUGAACACGACCUACCAAAGAGACUGCCAACUUGGCGAGACGCCAAACACCCCAGACGGGUUAUGCGAGGACGUGGUUAGCCAUGUUGUGACUACUACAGAAUUGGUGGAUGUAGAAAAGACGGUGGUGGUGGAAUACCCAGGUAAAUGUCCCCAAGUACAUCUCAGGUGCUGUGACGGAUACGAAAGAGUUGGAUCUCAGUGUCUAGAUAAAGGAGCAUCCAGUUCUCUGCAAGAGCUCAUUAACGCCGGUUUAUUGGGAUGAAGGACAUAGUCUAGAAUGACAAUAUUGGUCGUGAUGAAAAAUAUUAAAGAUAUUUGUAGAAAAA